CAGACUUUUUAUUAUAUUUGUCAUAGAGUUGCAAUAAAAUGAUCAUACAAUAUAAUUAACACAACAUCACGAACAAAUAGAGCGCCUCGGAAGAGGGGAUUCUGCUAUAAGAGAUUCUUGAACAACCAGAUCCGGUACUCCUUCCAAAUCCGGAGCUGCCACAAGAUGUCCAUCGUCUUCCUCUUCAUCUUAUUCCAUUCCUCGCAGGGAUUCAAAGUCCUAGACAACAAGUACUGGAAGGAGUCAGCUCUUGCAGACCUAUAUGAAAGCUUAGAUGUUGGAUACAACACCAACAUCGCUAAAAAUAUCAUCCUCUUCAUCGGUGAUGGAAUGGGACCGAAUACCGUCACUGCUGCAAGGAUCUACAGAGAAGGUGAAACUGGCUAUCUGUCCUGGGAAAAAUUCCCUCACAUCGGAGCCAUCAAGACAUAUGCUGCAGACAAACAAGUACCCGACUCAGCAAAUACCGCCACUGCAUUGUACACUGGCAUAAAAGUCAACCUAGGAACACUGGGUGUUGAUUCAAAUGUAAAGAGAAAAGACUGUCACAGUGGUAUUCUAAAAGAAAACCAACUUACAACCAUCGCAACACUUGCGCAAGAGGCAGGGAAGUCGACUGGAAUCAUCACAACAACUCGUGUCACGCACGCAACUCCUGCUGCAAUGUACGCACACUCUGCAGAGAGGGAUUGGGAAUGUGAUUCUAGUAUACCAGCUGGAUGUGAUUGUAAAGAUAUUGCUCGGCAACUGAUUGAGGAUCUACCAGGAAGAAACUUUAAUGUAAUAAUGGGAGGCGGAAGACAGUUUCUAAUGGCAAACUCUUUAAACUUAACAAAUGAUCCAAUUAAAAACCAGGAUUGCAUAAGAACAGAUGGACGCAAUCUUAUUGCAGAAUGGGCCGAAAAGAAGAGUUCUGAAGGAGCGCGCUAUGCUCUUCCAACUAAUACCAAGGAUUUAUUGAAUAUUGAUGUUUCCCAGACAGACUACCUUCUCGGAAUAUUUCAAAACAGCUACCUUCCUCAUGAAUAUAAAAGAGAUAAGUCUGAGUACGGAGUACCAUCUUUAGAACAGAUGACCACAACUUCUGUCAAACUCAUGAUGAAAAAUAAAAAUGGAUUUGUUUUGAUGGUUGAAGGUGGUCUGAUCGACAUAGCUCAUCAUGUUGGUAAGACACGUCAAUCUCUAGAAGAAGUUAUAGCAUUCAACAACGCUAUCAACAGUACGAUGAAACUACUUAGAGAUACCGGAAUCGCAGAAGAAACUCUAGUCAUUGUCACCAGUGAUCAUUCCCACACACUCACAAUAAGUGGAUAUCCAAAUAUAGGGAACAAUAUUUUAGGUGUGGCAGACAAAUCGAGUGCGGAUGGAGUACCUUACACCACUCUGGGAUAUGCGAACUCAGGCAUAGAGAACUACCACUACACAGCUGUCAAUGGUACCGUUGUUCGUGAGGAUCCAUCGAAGGUAGAUACAACAUCCUGGGACUAUGGACCUCAAGCUGCGGUACUUCAGAACAGGAAUACGCAUGGUGGAAACGAUGUUUUUAUUUAUGCAUCAGGUCCAUUCGCUCACCUGUUCCAUCGCAUCCAUGAACAGAACUACGUUGCUGUGGUGAUGAGGUACGCUUCCAGGCUUGGAGAAUUUUCUUCAGCUACAUCAAGUUCUUCCAGUAUUCUGUCAUCUAUUUUAUUAUUAUUCGCUGUACAAUUAAUUUACCUACUGUGAUA